AUGACAAUUAAAUGUUUAAAUCAUCAAAGAUCACACGAAUUCAUUUGUUAUCAAUGUAAUUGUUUGAUGUGUUCGAAAUGUAUAAUCAAUCAUCACAAAGAUCAUCCUGAUCAUUCAGAUAAAAUCGAAGAUAUCGAUGACAUCAAACAUUCAUUGAGUACAUUAAAAUUAGAUGAUAUUAUUGACACCACAACAACAAAUAAUAAUAGUAAUAGUAACAAUUUCAUUUCACAAAUCAACAAUAAACUUAAAUCUCUUUGGGAAUCAUUAAGAUCAUCGACAUCCAGAUAUCAAAGAUUAUCAAUAACAGAGAAUGAUAUCAAACAACACUUUGAACAAUUACAUCAAUACCUAAUCAUUGAAGAACAUAAACUACAAAGAGAUAUUAUCAAUGAUAAACAUACAAUCACAAAUCAAAUCAAUAAUAAUGUUAAUCAUUUAAAAUAUUUAUUAAAUAUUAUAAUGUUAAUUAAUAAAUUCAGUAGUAGUGAUAAUAAUAAUACAACAACAUUAUAUUCAACAACAACAAUAAUGGAAUCAAUAACAACAAGUUCAUCAUUACAAUCAUUCAUCAAUCAUAAUAAUCAAACAUUAUUCAAUGAACACAAUUAUAAAAAUAAUAAUUAUUUCAAUAUUGAUGAACUUCUCAAACAACAUUCCUCAGAUUCAUCAUCAUUAUUAUUAGAUAUCAUUCAUAAAUACAACAAUCAAUUCAAUGAAUCAACAACAAACACAGACAAUAAUAACUUAAGAUUAUCAUCAUAUAAAUUAUCAAUCAAACAACCUGAUUUCAAUCAAUUGAAUUCAAUCAUUAAACAAUCAAUCAAAUUUGAUAACAUUGAAUCAUCUGAAUCAAUAAAUACAACAACAACAAACAAUGAUAAUAAACAAUCUUAUAUUUUCACAACACACAAAUCAAAAGGAGCAACACUGAUCAACACAUCAAACAACAAUUCAAUUGAAGAAUUAAAGUUUAAUUAUCAAUUUUAUAAUACAUUCAACUCGAUUGUUUCAAUUGGUGAAUAUAUCUAUAUAUUCGGUGGACAUACCAAUAAAAACAAAUGGAUUAAAAUAUCAAUGAAAUCGAAAUCAAUUGAACAUAUUGGUGACAUCGAAGGAAUCAAAGGUGAUCUUGAUAUAUCAGUUUGUUAUGAUGGUCAAGAUCAUAUCUAUUUAGUGAAUGGUUAUCAUAUAAAGAAUAGAAUUGAUCGAUUCAACAUCAAGACAAUGAAGUUUGAAUCAUAUCAUCAAUUACCUGAUGGAUAUGGUAUACAAGCAUCGUCAAUGAUCUUCAAAGGUUCAUUAUAUUCAGUAUCAUACUAUCACAAUAAGCUAUUUCAAUUCGAUUUAACAAACAGAACGAUAACAGAUCAUCAAAUUAACUUUUUUCCAUUAUCAGGAUGUCAUGAUAACAAUGGAAAUUUCUUCAUAAUAGGUUCAAACAAACGAUUCAUCAAAUACAAUGUUGAAACCAAACAAACAAUGGAUCCCAAUGCUCUUCUUCCCACAAAUGGACAUUUUUCUAUAGUGAUGUAUCAUCGAGAAUCACCAACAUCAAGUUAUAUCUAUUCAUUUGGUUCAUCCAAUGAUAGUAAUUUCAAAUAUUCAAUCGAAUCCAAUCAAUGUGAACCGUUCUUUAGAGAUAUUAUAGAUCACGAUAGAGAGUGGUGUGCAUGUACUUCAUUUACAAUUUAUUUUGCUACAGAGCACCUUUCAAAAAGAAAGAUUUCAAAAAUUUUUGUGAUUGUUGAAAUUGGUAUGAAAUUGGUGAGUUUUGGUUGUGUGGAUGCUGUCGUUGAUGAAGCGGACGUUUGUUUGUUUGCUUUCUUAAAGAUCUCUUCAAAUCGUUUAUAG